AUGAGUACACUUACCCGACCAAAACCUGGGGAAGAUGAAGAUGACCUUCUGAAACUUCAAGAACAGUUUCUAGCAUCUGCUCCUGGUGGUCGUCCAACAGUCACGAUUAAACGGCCAGAUAAACGGAAAACAGAUGGCUCCGAAAAAGAGGAGGGUAGACAUAUUGUCAAGAUGGAAGCCAUACCAGCAAAAAAGUCAAAAUUUAAACUCGACACAGAAUUAGAAAAACGGAAGCAAAUGGAGGCAAAGCCGCCGUUGUUGAAAGCUGAUGAUGUGGAUGAUAUUGAGGAACUUCUUGACAGGCAUGACAGAGGCAUGGCUGCAGUUUUAACAACUAUAAUAGAACGAGACACAAGAAACGAAAUGUACAUGGCACCAGUUCUUGGAAAACAAGGAUUCCCAAAAGCCAUCCAUAACAAUAGAUCAAAAACAGAAACAACAAAAAUCAGGAAGAAAAGCUUGUUUGCCCAGCAAGUGGAAGCUCAUAGUUCACUACAGUUUGGAGUUGAACCAGCUCCACAGAGAUCUGUGUCUGCAUUCAGAGGUGAAGCACAAGCUGGUGUUGUAGGCAACCCUCAGCAAGGUACAACACCUGGAUCUUAUAUAGUUGAGGGCAUUGGGCUGGGAAUCCACAACAGUCAGGCAGAAUCAUUGAAGAUUCAUGACGAGAAUGUGCAGAAGCUGGCUGGCAUGUCUGAGACAGAUAUUUUAGAGGAGCGACAAAAGCUGCUUGAAAUGUUAGAUCCCAAGCUGAUAGAGUUCCUAAAAAAGAAAAGAAAAGCCAAAGAAGAGUCAUCAAAAACUGCUGCUGUAGCCGAUGCUAAAAAAGUAUCAUUUUCAGUCCAAAGGGAAGUCAAGCAGAGGUCUGAAGCAGCUCAGGAGGAUGAGUUGCCUGUGAGGCCAAACAAAAACUGGAUCAAUAUGGGCACAGUUGAGGGAGAAAAACUGGAAUGGAUGAAGGACUUGCCUCCACCAUCUUCAGUAUCAUCACAGACUGGGCGUCCUGCAAGGUUUGACUUCCAAGGAAACAUUAUGGCAGUGGAUGCGGAUGUGCCUGUCAACUUGGGCUUACACCACCAUGGGGAGGAGCCAGAGAGGGCUGGUUACACUCUGGAAGAAAUGUUUCUAUUGGCAAGAAGUUCAAAUCUUCAGCAGAGGGUCAUCGCUCUGCACACUUUAGCCAGAGUCAUUAAUCAGGCAAAAUCUGGAUAUCUGAGUGAGAAAAUUGAAACUCCAAUAAUUCCUGCAAUUUUGGCCGGAGGUGUGGUCAUGCUGUUACGGUGGGCUCUGGAUGACACAGCCGAGGGAACUGUGGCUGCAGCAGUUGAUGCGUUGCAUGCUUUGUUGUGUAGCCCACUUGAUGAGGAAGCUGCUGACAUUACGUGGGCCUGGUUCCUGGGCAACCUCAGUGCAGCCUUGACUCCCUCAGCUACAUUAGAGAAGGAGGCCCAGUCUGAGGAUACUGAUGAAGAAAACAAGGAGGAAGAGACAGAUGCUGAUGUUGUUAGAAGAGACAUUAUUGAGGCUCUAGUCAAACGGAUGGAGCUCCUUGUCAGGUUUCGCUACAUAUUCCAGUCUAUGAGACCCCAGGCUGCCACUGUAGUUCAGAUGCUUGAGAUCCUUACAAGAGCAGCUCAGCAUUCUGGCAAUAUGGCAUAUGAGAUCUUGAAAUGCCCAGGACUUGUUGACACUGUUAUGACAGACUUUUUACCAACUGCCUGGACUCCUCCUGAUUGCAGUAAACCCGUGUCAUGUGUUUAUGGAUUGCCAGUCCCAGCUGCCAUGCAUUUUAUGCAAGUGUUAUGCCAAGCUGGCAGAAACAUGGCUUCCAUCAUGGUUUCAAAACAUCAGCUCAAUGUCCGACUACUCCGUUACUUGGCUUUACCAAGCAGGGAUUUACACUUACCUUUUGCUGAAGCUGUUGACCUUCAGAGAGAGUCUUUGGGAACGUGGAGGGUUUGUGUUUCUUAUGGAUUGGCAAUGCAGACUUAUUUUGAUCUGUACAGCAGUAUUCUCCUCUCUCUUGGAAAACUGGAAGAUAGAUGGUUGCUGUCAUGUGACUCUUCCACCAUGGAGAAGGCGGCACAUGAUCCUUUCACCCUUGAUGUGAGAAUGAUUUGUGUUCUGGAAAAGGUCUUGUGUGUGGCAGGUUACAGCUCAACCCUGCAGGAGGGCUCAGAUUAUGGAAGAAGUGAGGAAACAACUUUCACAUCUGCAAACUGGAGUCAUGUGACAGAAAUACUGUAUCCAAUUAAAGCAUACACAAUUCAUGUUUUAAAUGACCUAUCAACUUCAUAUCCAGUCAAGAAACAGAAACUAGAUUUGCCUACAGCUUGCUUGAAUUUCCUUGCAACAUAUUAUGAGUUGGAAGGCAGGCAGAGUGGGAUUGAUGUCAUUGCCAGCCUAGACAGCAUUGAACAGUUCUGCAGAACAUGUAUCAUACCACUUUUGUCUUCCCAUGGCUUGUCAGUCAUCAUUGAUAGCUUGAGCUCCCACUCAAAUUUACUAGCACCCGCUUCAGCUGUCCCCACCGAGACAGCUUCAAACCUGCCAUCACUAUGUGUGUGCAAAGUUCCCAACUCAGAGGACACUGCUUUGACUGACCCUGCCACAUGCCAGGAGACAUGGAAACUAAAUAUGCCAGUAUUGUUACCUCACUCUCCCUUUGGGUUGCUUGUGGCUUUGUUGAGGUUGAUGUUGGCAGUUUGUAGAAGACAUAAGUCAUUGAUACCUCAGUUGAUUGAGCCUGUUGUACAUAACAAGGAUAUCUUGGUUUACAUGGCAAAAACCUGCGCAGUCAGCAGGUCAGCUUUCCACACAGCUCACUUUACAGGGGGAGAGAACUUACUGCAUUACUAUUGGCUUAAAUGUUGUACCCUGGUGAGUUGUCAAAAUAUGAGUUUGGCUCACAGAGUGGCCCUUCAGCUGGUGGCCAGGGUUCACCACGGCAAUGAGCAUCUAGUUCAUGACCUCAUUUCUACAGUGGUCUUCUCCCCAAAUUUUCUGAGUGAAGGAGAAGACACACAGUUAACAUCUGAAGCACUAGAGGGCCUGAACAUCACCGAAAACCUUCACAUCAUUAGCGCCACUCAAGAGGAGAUCAGUCUAAGCAAACAUAAGCUUCUUCAACAGACUUACCUCUCUUUGGCAAAGAUUAGGGGCCAUUACCUGCAAGCGUUUGGUGGCAUGGAAGAAGCUUUACAGGAUUCCAGGAAUCUGUUCAUGGGGAACCCACAAGAAAUCCAGUCUCAGAUGAUCACUGGUGCUGGUGAGAGCCUGAUGCCCAGAGACUGGAUGUUUCUGCCACUCAUUCAUGUCUACAACAAGGCAGCUCAGGCGAGGUCUGUGUCGGGAGACAGUGUUUCUCCCCAAGGAGUGGCCAUGGUAACCAGUGUGUUGCAGUGGACCUAUGCUCUAGAAACGUGGAGACCAGUGGAGAUGGAUCAGAUUUCGGUGACUCUGCGGUUAACAAGAGUUAUGUGUGCCUUCAUUGCUGGAAAUGAUCUGUUUCUUGAAAGACCUGUAAACCACUACUUGGCUGGUUUGUUGCGGGUUUUUGCAACCCAGAAACAUCUUGACAAACUGGACUUUGAAGAAAGAGUACCUGGAAUUACAUCUUCCUAUGAUUUAUAUCAGGAGUUUCUGGAGCACUAUGAAGGAGUUUCCUUUGGGGAUCCAGUAUUUGGACUUUAUGUCUUGUUGCCGCUACAGCAGAGGCAUAGCUCCUUGCUCAGGAAGGCUGUGUGGGGGGAGAGAAGAAGAAUGCUUCGUACAUUGAGGAUAUCAUUAACAGAGAUGUUGAUACCUCUAGAAAACUACCUCCAGCCAGAAGAGCAGGAUGUGGAACUUCUGCAGCUCUAUCUGUCAGCGAUCAUUACCAAGGGUGUCCAGUCUGUCUGGUCUCCAGUGUUGUAUCUGAUAGCUGUCCACCAUGUCAACAGGUUUAUCUACAUAUUGCAUGAGGAUGGUAAUGGAGCCAUUAGAUCACACAUGUGGAAACAAAUCUUGGCCAAUGAGAGCAAAGUCUCUGAUGUUAUUUACUACAAGCAAGCCAAUGUCAGCAUGCCUCAAGGGAUGGAACUCUAUGAUCCAUUACCCCAAGGGAGACUAGCGACACUGAUAAAGAGGAGAAAUGCUAUCCAAGUGUGA